AUGGCCCAAGCAUUCGGAAAUCUGCCCAGCGGAGUGUUGAAGGCUCCAGAGAAGUUCACUCUCCAAGUACCGGAUCAGAGCUUGGACGAAUUCCAGCAGCUACUGAAGCUUUCAAAGAUCGGGCCGGAGACAUGGUACAACAAGCAAGAAUAUGGCCAAUUCGGCGUAUCUCGCAAAUGGCUCACAAACGCCAAAGAGGCUUGGUUGAAGUUUGACUGGCGCAAGCAGGAGGCCCGCAUCAACUCCGUUCCGAACUUCAAAGCAAAGGUUGAGGACGCGGAUCUCGGAACCGUGGACGUCCACUUCGCCGCCUUAUUCUCCAACAAAAAGGAUGCGCUGCCAGUUAUCUUCAUGCACGGCUGGCCCGGUUCUUUCUUGGAGUUCUUCCCCAUGAUCGAUUUGCUUGUUGGCAAGUACACACCCGAUACACUGCCUUACCACGUCAUUGUGCCGUCACUGCCCGGCUAUGGUCUGUCUGCUGGCUCCAUCCCACUUGAAAAGGAGACCAAGCAAGAUGCUGUCGCGCGCACUCUCCAUCAAUUGAUGCUUGAUCUUGGGUUUGGCAACGGCUAUGCUGCUCAAGGCGGUGACGUGGGAAGUUUCAUGGCGAGAAUCAUGUCUGGCUACAAGGAGUGCAAGGCAAUUCACCUGAAUAUGUUGAUGCCUAGCCCUGAGGAUGCUGCUGGUGGUACCGAUGGUUUGACACCCCAGGAGCUUGAACAGACUGGAAGGAUGCUGAAGUGGCGGGCGACUGGAAUGUCGUAUGCUCUGGAGCAUGGUCUCCGGCCAGCAACCAUCGGGUUGGUUCUGUCAGCAAGUCCAUUGUCAUUGCUGGCUUGGAUCGGCGAAAAGUACCUGGAGUGGGUGGAUUCACGUUACCCGCUGCAACUGGAAACCAUCCUCGAGCUGGUGAGUCUCUACUGGUACACGGAUACGUUCCCCAGAAGUAUCUACCCGUAUCGUCCCUUGGCACAGGCCAUGUCUAGUGAAGGCGGUGGUUCUUCAUCUAUCCCUACCUCGAAGGAGACGCCGUUAGGAUACUCGUGCUUCCCAGCCGAGAUUGGUUUCAUGCCGAAGGCGUGGGCCGAAAAGUCCUUCCCCAAUCUCAAACUUUAUCGUACGCAUGAGAAGGGCGGACACUUCGCGGCACUUGAGCAGCCGGCGACGUUACUGCAAGACGUGGAGGAUUUCUUGGCUUCUGUAACAGCUACUUCCAAGCUCUGA